AUGAGUACUACUGCCGCCCUUCCUCAGCUCGUCGUCGUCGGAGACCAGUCCUCGGGCAAGAGUUCGGUGCUCGAGGGACUGACGGGCUUCGCCCUUUCCCGCGAUGCAAAGCUCUGCACACGCUAUGCCACCCAAAUCACCUGCCGCUGCGAGGACGAGGAGAGCAUCAUGGUGUCCAUCAUGCCGAACUUGGAUGCGCCGCCCCAGGAACAGCAACGCGUCAAGACUUUCCAGCGCACCUUGACUGAGAUGUGUCCCAAGAACCUUGUUAAACUGUUCAAGGAGGCAAAUGAGGCCAUGGGAAUCCAAACUGCCACGAACACUACUUUACCGAACGGCACCAGGCUCCCGGCAUUCAGCGAGCAUGAGGAGCACUUUACCGCGAUUGACGUUCCUGAUAUAUUUCGAAAGGAAACUGACAGCGUAACCACGGAAAGCGACAUCGAGCUUGUCAUGAACAUGGUUAACAAGUACAAGAUCUUGAAGCUGGCCAAGAAGGCUGAUCCCACCUUGAUAAGAACCAUGGCUGUCGCAAUCGACCAUGUCAUGGGCAAGAGAAGCGACCUCACCCUAGGCUACUACAUCGUCAAGAACCGAGGUCCGGAUGAUGCGAACAAAAGCCUUAAGCAGGGGCAGGCAGAUGAGCGAAUUUUCUUUGCCAAGGACCCUUGGUUCGUCGUGAACUCGACCAGAAAGGCCGGCAUGGACGCCUUGAAGCUGCGUGUCCGCGAGCUUCUCAUCGACCUCAUCAAGGAGUUCCCCAAGCUCAAAACCAAGAUCGUCGGAGAACGGACACAAGAUGAAACCGGCCCGAAGCAACCCACUGUUGGAAUCUAG